AUGCUAUUGUUCAUCGGCCUCACGAUCGUCAUGCAAUUUAUCCUGACACAUGAGAAGUUGAACACCUGGGUGAAUAUCAACCUCGGAUGGGGAUUUGCCAUCACUUUCUGCGUGAUGAUGACCAGUCAGACUUCAGGCGGCCACCUCAACCCGGCCGUCUCAUUCUUGAUGGUGACGCUCGGCAAGCUGCCGAUCAAGCACUUUUUCCUGUAUUGCCUUGUCCAACUCGCCGGCGCUUUCCUAGGAGCUGUGGCUGCGUAUGCGAUUUAUUUUGAUCAAUUCCAAAAAUUCUCUGGAGAUCGUCGGGUUCUCGUCGGGACACUUGGGUCUGCAGGGUGCUUCUGCUCGUUCCCAGCAGCUUUCGUGAGCAAUACGACGGCAUUUUUUGAUCAGAUUGCCGGUACCGCUCUCCUCUGCCUCUUCGUCUGCGUCGUGACCGACAAGCGGAAUAAGGUCCCAGACCACCUGCACUCCGUCGUCUUCGGGUUGUUGCUGAUCAUGAUCGGUUGCUCGAUGGGAUUGAACCUGGGGUAUCCAAUCAACCCAGCCAGGGAUCUUGGCCCUCGUAUUUUUGCAUAUUUCAUCUAUGGAUCCGAGGUGUUUACGUACCACAACAAUUACUUCUGGAUCCCGGUAGUCGCACCCUUCUUCGGUGCAGUUCUCGGAGGCUGGUCCUAUCACUUCUUCGUCGGCGUCCAUAUUGCUGAUGAAGUGGAUGCCGUCGCCGAAACCCGCCAAAAAUCGAUCGAAGAUGGCGCAGGUCGACCCGAGGAGAAGCGACUCAUCAAGGGCCAGUACAAC